GCUACGCGAUUUAUUUUGAAAGGAACAGGAAAUGUGGCGCUAUCCGACUUGACAGUUCUUCACGUGAACAAACUCCUGCUAACAAACAACAAGAGAAGCUUUAAACUCCUUCUUUAUGGUUUGGGUGAAAAUAUUUCCUAAUUUCCUAACAUUUGAUCCGGCAUCUUGUUUUUGGUUUUUUUGUGGUCCGCUAUGCUGACGUUGUGUCUCCACCGAGCUUUCCGCUCCAAGUUACCGGCGACAACGUUGGGCGCGACGGCAACCAGGCUACCGGGAAGCGGGCGACACACUCCCCGCCGCCCGAUGGGAACUCACCGCAGGAGCGAGUCGAGGGAGCCGUUCAACUCCCCCAAGAGAGCUAAGGAGUUCAUUUACGGUCUCCAGGCCGGGGAAAGAACUUGUUUGCUGCAGGAGCUGCAGAACUUUGAGUCCAUCGCCAUUGCUCAAGAGACUCAGGAGCCCUCUCCGCCCACGACAUCCCAGAUCAGAUACGUCAUAUUCCACAACGCCCUUCCCUUCGUUGGCUUCGGUUUCCUGGACAACGCCAUCAUGAUCUCAGCCGGAACGCAGAUCGAGCUUUCCAUCGGAGUCACUCUGGGAAUUUCCACCAUGGCUGCUGCCGCUCUGGGCAACCUGGUGUCAGACUUGGCAGGUCUCGGCCUGGCAGGUUAUGUGGAGGCCCUGGCGUCCAAACUGGGCAUGCAGGUUCCGGACCUGACUCCCAAACAGGCUGACAUGUGGCAGACCCGGGUCAGCGCACACUCGGGCAAAGCCAUCGGCGUCUUCAUCGGCUGCGUUCUGGGAAUGUUCCCGCUCUUAUUCAUUGGCGAAGACGAGGAGAAGGCGGCGCAGCGCUCCCAAUGAGACAGCCGACGCACAAACUGGACUUGGCUCUUUGCAUCCCUUAGGCAGUGGCCUCGCUUCCUGCCUGGUCACAGACUGACGUCACUUUGACUGGACAGCAUUAUGGAUCGUAUAUCGACUUCCUAUCCAACCAUACCAGCCCCUUCUUUAAACGACUGUUUACUAACAUCAUUGACGCUAACCGCUGGCUAACGGCUACCUCCAAAUGCAUGUUUGCAUGUAGUUCGCACAUUUUUUAACUCGCCGUAUAACUUUUUUUGGGUCAUUUGUUUAGUAUAAAAGGCUAAAAACAGUUUAUGUAAGUCAGUGGUUCUCAACCUUUUUUCCAAGGAGCAUCUCAGAAAACACUUGGCUUUCCAAGUACCACCAUAAUAAAAACAAGGCAAUGGUUUUAUUUACCAGUAUAUUCAAUAUUUACAGGCACUGUAACAUAGUUUGAAUAUUUUAAUUAAGUGAUCCAUUUGGCCUGCUACACGUACCAGUUGGAGAAUCCCUGCUGUAAGUGUUUCUCUACCUUCCGGCCAAAAGUGUAAUUUGGUUCAAAACUACAAAACCCAAAACCAGUGAAGUUGGCACGUUGUGUAAAUCGUAAAUAAAAACAGAAUACAAAAAUUUGCAAAUUCUAUUCACCUUAUAUUCAAAUAGAUACACUGCAAAGACAAGAUAUUUAAUGUUCGAACUGAGGAACAAUUUUUUUUUUGUUGCAAUUAAUCAUUAAUUUAGAAUCUAAUGGCAGCAACACAUUGCAAAAAAAUGGCACAGGGGCAUUUUUACCACUGUGUUACAUGGCCUUUCCUUUUAACAACACUCAGUAAACGUUUGAGAACUGAGACGACCAAUUUUUUAAGCAUUUCAGGUGGAAUUAUUUCCCAUUCUUGCUUGAUGUACAGCUUAAGUUCUUUAGUCCAGGGUCUCCAUUCUUGUAUUUUAGGCUUCAUAUUGCGCCGCACCUGGGAGACAGGUCUCGUAUCCUCACUUUUACCACAAAGUCACGCUACAGAACUUUGCAUCGUCUUGCUGAAAUAAGCAGGGGCGUCCAUGAAAGAGACGUUGCAUGGAUGGCAACAUUUGUCGCUCCAAAACCUGUAUGUACCUUUCAGCAUUAAUCAUGCCUUCACAGAUGUGUAGGUUACCCAUGCCUUGGGUACUAAUACACCCCCAUACCAUCACAGAUGCUGGCUUUUCAACUUUGUGGCUAGAACAAUCCGGAUUGUUCGUAUCCACUUUGGUCCGGAGGACACAACGUCCGCAGUUUACUAAAACAAUCUGAAAUGUAGACUCAUCAGACCACGGAACAUUUUUCCACUUUGCAUCAGUUCAUCUUAGAUGAGCUCGGUCCCAGCGAAGCCGGCGGCGUUUCUGGGUGUUGUUGAUAAAUGGGUUUUGCUUUGCAUGGUAGAGCUUUAACUUGCACUUACAGAUAUAGCGACAAACCGUAGUUACUGAAAUUGGUUUUCUGAAGCAUUCCUGAGCCCAUGUUGUAAUAUCCUUUACACAAUGAUGUCGAUUUUUGAUGCGGUACCGCCUGAAGGGAUCGAAGUAGCACCAAUGUUGGUUUUCAAUCAGAUUCUCUGAACCUUUUGAUGAUAUUACGGACUGUAGAUUUUUUCAACCAUUGAGCUAAUAUUUGCAAAUAAUAACAAAGUUUACCAGUUCGAACGUUAAAUAUCUUGUCUUUGCAUUGUAUGCAAUUGAUUAUAGGUUGAAAGGGAUUACCAAAUCAUUGUAUUUUGUUUUUAUUUAUGAUUUACACAACGUGCAAACUUGACUGGUUUUGUAUUUCUAAAAAGAGGAUCUUUGACCAGCCUUUUUUUUGCUGCGAGUCCUGAAAAAGCUGCAGAGCCCUCCUGUCAUAUCAAGGAUUUAAGACUGGUGUUUUUCAACAUGAGAGCAGUCUUCUCCUAUAGAUGAUCUUUGACCAGCCUAACCAUAUGCCUUAUGUGUUAUUCAAAUUAUUUUUGGACUAUUUGUCCCGAUAUUAGCAAUUUGGUGAGGUAAUGUAAAGGGUGUAGAACAGCCCUGCAGACAUGGAAAAUAUACAGAUGAGCUGAAGGAGCCCCGGUUUAAAGGAUAAGCGAGUAGAUAACACGAUGACAAUAUCGCUUGGACAAAACGGACAAACAACAACAAUGGAGGACAUCUUUCGAUUUUCCAUUCCGUCUACCAAUCAGCGUGCUGCUCCACCCUACUGGUACCUCAGGGAGGUGCCAAGAAGGGUUCGGCCGGUGUUAUUUUGUAGACAAUUCUAGGUCGGAUGUUUAGAAUGGCUUUCUGAUUGUUACAUGGAACAAUUUUUUUUUUUUUUUUAUACCAUUUGAUGUCUUAUUGAUAUAUUUCGACAUGUUUUUUGGUGAAUUCGAGUAUGGACUGCGACAGAAGGAGAUCUAGCACAGGGGUGUCCAAACUUAUUCCACUGAGGACUGUGUACUGAAGGAAAAAAAGAAUGCAGGGGGGCAUUUUGAAACAUUUAUAAAUGUACACUACUACAUUAGUAUAUGCUUAAUUAUUUGAAAAAAAUAUAUAUUUUAGCUUUUGUCUUAUAUGUUACACAGAAAAUACUGUAGUUAGUUAUAUAUUCUAACACAGGGGUGUAAAACAAAUUUUAGAUGGGGGGCCACAUGGAAAAAAUCUACUCCCGGACAGGUAAAAUCACGGCAUGAUAACUUAAAAACAAAGACAACUUCAGAUUGUUUUCUUUGUUUUGAAAUAAAACAAGCACAUUCUGAACAUGUACAAAUCA